AUGCGGUUGACGUUCUGCCGACAUGUCGCGCUCCUUUCGAUAACUGCGACCACACUUGCGCUCGCUGAUUCUAUCGUCAAUCCGCUCGAGUACGGGACCUUCGAAGACUUCUCCCCCGUUCAUAAGAGGGCGAUCGAUUGCCCCGAUAAUUUUUUCAGUUGCGAGGAUCGGGGUCCCGUCUUCGAAGGAACUUGUUGUCAAAAUGGACAGCUAUGUGCUUUAGAUGCCUAUAGUUCAGCGGCCUGUUGCCCUACUACCUUACAUAUUCGAUUCAAUUAUAGAGCAACGUGUACAGGAGUGGCACCAACCGGUCCAACGCCCUCUGUGUCCUACGUGAGCAAUACGUACUUCUCUUUUCCGUAUAUACCGACGUCGUUUGCGAAUUCAGUGGCAUGUACAUCAGCUCUCAACCAGUGCUCGAGGAAUUACGCAUCGUGUGUUUCGGGUUUAGGUGGAAGUAGCGCGGCUUAUGGCGUGACCAUCGUGGUUCCGGGAGGCGGUGGGACGACAAUUGCUGCCACGCAAGCCACCGGACUUCCCGCACCGUCGGCAACAUCUGUUUGCUCAAGCCUAUCAUCUGAGGCUUGUUACAACUUGCAAAGUGCCCAAUGCACGCAAGCCGGUACGACCGGAGGUUUCAUCAUCGGCACCGGAAAUGCCGCCGCACGACCUACCGCUGCUCCUAUAGUUGCCGUCAUCGCCAGCAUCGGAUUAAGUCUCAUUGGAGGUUAUAUAUGA